UCCACUCGAAGUCGGAGCUUUUCGGAAAUGCAGUGAUCCUGGCCGCCCAUCGGGGGAUCCUUCGAUCUCGAUCGAGAGAGGAGAUAUGGACAAGGAUCGACAUGCUCGAGUUGCAUCCCCGCCAGAUAGAAGGGUCACGAGGGACGACAUCGGGGUCUCCUCGUCUCCUGCGACGCCGGCGGGGGCGAGUGCUGCCCGUCCCUACGAUCCCUCGUCCCCCGGCCGAAACGGCCAGCUGUCCAAGCAAGGCUCGCUGACGAUAGUCCGCCGAAGUUCCGGCAAAGCCAGGAGCCACGGGGCCGGAAAUUUCGAAAGCCCCGCCACCCUCGAAAGCCCCGACGCCUUCCUACGAGGUCAGUCCGUCGACCUCGAGGAGAUCCUCGACAACCUCGAUCUCACGACGGACUCUUUGCCCGCCAUCGACACCCCGGAUGCCUGCGACAAAGCCGCCCUCAGAUUGAGGUGUCUGUUGCGGCGGCUUCAACAUGGCGAGAUCUCUGCGGAUCUUCUGCAACGAAAUUUGCAGUAUGCCGCCAGAGUCCUCGAGGCGGUUUUCAUUGACGAGACCAAGCGACUCGCGGACGAAGACGACGAGCUCUCGGAGGUCCAGCCGGAUGCUGUGCCACCGGAAGUCAGAGAAUGGCUGGCCUCGACCUUCACCAGGCAAUUGGCCACGACGAGGCGCAAGGCGGACGAGAAACCGAAAUUCAGAUCCGUGGCCCAUGCCAUCAGGGCCGGGAUCUUCGUCGACCGGAUCUACAGGAGGGUCACCAACACGGCGCUCAUGCAGUUCCCCCAGGAGGUCGUCAAGGUGCUCAAGACCCUGGAUGACUGGUCCUUCGACGUGUUCUCCUUGAGCGAAGCCGCGAUGGGUGCUCCGGUGAAGUACUUGGGCUACGACCUGCUGAAUCGCUACGGGAUGAUUCAUAAAUUCAAGGUGCCACCGGCAGUCCUGGAAACCUUCCUGGGAAGGGUUGAAGAGGGUUACUGCAGACAUAGAAACCCAUACCACAACAACCUACACGCCGCCGACGUGGCUCAGACCAUGCACUACGUCUUGUGUCAGACGGGCUUAAUGAACUGGCUGACGGAUCUGGAGAUAUUCGCGACCCUGGUGGCUGCUAUCAUCCACGAUUACGAGCACACCGGCACUACGAACAACUUCCAUGUCAUGUCCGGAAGUGACACCGCCCUGUUGUACAACGACCGAGCUGUCCUGGAGAACCACCACAUCUCUGCCAGCUUCCGGAUCCUGCGGGAGGACGAGUGCAACAUCCUGCAGAACCUAUCCAGGGAGGAAUUCCGAGAGUUUAGGACCCUGGUAAUCGACAUGGUGCUGGCGACCGACAUGAGCUUCCACUUCCAGCAAUUAAAGAACAUGAAGAAUCUUUUAAGCUUGGCCGAGCCCAGCGUCGACAAGAGCAAGGCCGUCAGUUUGGUCCUCCAUUGUUGCGAUAUUUCCCAUCCCGCGAAGAGAUGGGACCUUCAUCACAGAUGGACGAUGCAGCUCCUCGAAGAAUUCUUCCGCCAAGGCGACAAGGAGAGAGCACUCGGUCUACCUUUUUCCCCACUUUGCGACAGAAACAACACCUUGGUGGCCGAAUCGCAAAUCGGGUUCAUCGAGUUCAUCGUCGAGCCCAGCAUGCAAGUGUGCAGCGACAUGUUGGAAGCGGUUCUUGCACCGCUCAAUCCCAAAGAGAGUGUCGACGAUCCGAAUAAUGGGAGCGGAACGGACGACGGGAGGUUCAAAAUCACGAAGCCUUGGAGCCAGUGUCUCGUGGAGAACAAGAAGAUCUGGAAGGAGCAAGCGAUCAAAGAUGCCGAAGCCCGAGCCCAGAGAGAGCAAGAGCAGCGGGAAAACGAAGAAAGACAGGAAGAAGCCGAAGUACAAAGUACCGAAGAGGAACAAGAACCGACCGACAGGGCUGAAGACGCGUCUUAAGAUUUAGAGAUUGUUUUCAACUAGGAAGGUUAAUUGCAAACAGAGACUGAGAGUGGAAAGUGAAGAGGGAGUCGAAUACGAAGAAACCAGGAAACGAAGCCCGAGUCCAGAAAUUGUAAGGAAGGUCCAGGAGGGGCCUCGAAGAAAAUAAUCGAAAAGCAAUCCGACUUCGAGAGGUCUCAAGUCUAUUCGCAAAUGGCAGCACUAGCGAGCUCGUUUUCCCUCCGAGGAAGUCGCAAUCGAAACCGCCCGUUUUCGUCACACAGAAUUCCUCCUUGUCGGACGAGGCAGGAGGACCCGGUCGUUUUAUAAGUGGACUUGUUUCCCCUUCAAGUUUUUCUAACUCGAGUGUUUUACGAUUAAACCUCUCUGACUGUUCCUCUAGAGUCGCGCGAUAGGGCAGAAGGUGUCGCGGUGCGUUUUCUCCGAAAAUCCAGGAAUAUUCCAGGAAUAUUCCAAAAAAGGAAAAAAAAAAGGUAAGAAAGUGGGAGCGUCUUAAAUAGUUAAAAAAAAAAAAAGUAGCACCAGAUAUCUACGGCUCAUCGUCUCGCGCGUAACGAAGAAGAGAAAGAAGGAGAGUAGAAAAAAAAAAAGAAGAAUUAAGAAACUAAGUCCAGCUGGUCUGGCGAAUGCGAGGAUUUUGAGCUCAAAAUGGCGGCCCUCCUUCGAGAGGGCAUCGUUUGUAAAUAAUUAAGUGUAUAUGUCUACUCGUACAGCGAGGUACUCGCGUCGCAGCUUUAAGUAAUGUACAGGAAUUAACGAUAUACCCCUAGUGUUAUUUAUUCGACGUGUGCUGAAUUUCGUGUAAAUAUGACGAGGGAGGAGGAAAACCGAGACAGCGAUUCCGCACUCCAAAUUAAACGGUGUAAACGCGAUUCGCCAUUGGCGAGCCGCAAGAAAAUGAAAUUAUUCCGUCGUUAGAGAAUCGGGGUUGCAAAGUGGCCGUUUAAAAAUUUCAUCCCGGACUUUCCAGAAGCCGUGAAUUAUUCCGCAGGCGUCUCGAGAAGCGGAUUUCGGGGCGGCUCGCGUUCGCGUGGCACUCGCGUAAUUAUUUAGUAAUUAUUCAUUUAUCGUAGGUAUAUCAUAGCAAAGAGGGGAGAGCAAGCUCUGAGGUGAAGCGCGAAAGGUUCGGUUUUGUUUCGGAAAUAGCCCUAAAGUAUCUGCUUUUAACAAAGCACUGUUAAUUAUUUAAUUAAUUGGCAUGCACUCGUCGACGUUAAGUACCUACCCCAAGGUGUUUCGACUUUCAUCUAUACCUUGUCAAUUAGCCGAGCUUUUAACGCCGCUUUUAAGGAAUUAGGGGAGAAAAUUCUACAAGCGCGACACGUUAUCAAACAUUUAUCAAAAAGGACGCCCGGCCAUUUUGGCGCGACGUCUUUUCCAUGACUCACGUUUCCCCUCAGAGCCGGCAAUUUUUAGAGACCAAGGAUAAUCGAAUACUCGUCCGAAUACAGGAGCAUCUUCUCUUUCGUUGUUGCAUCCUUCCGCACACGCGUAAUUGUUAAAUGUGCCGCUUUUGUAUGUUCUAAGCCUGUAUAUUUCCGAUUAACCGCGGGGGAGUCAUCGAUCAUGAAGAAAGUCCGUCUAAUUGGCUUCAAUCGAUACCACGACUGUUAAAUACUCCAUUCGACAACCUAAAUAGCACUUAAUCCCAGGCGAGUAAAAAUGGAACCCGUCUUAGGUGUUACGACGCUCACAGCGCUCCGGAAGUUCCUCAAACUCGGCGCUGAAUUUCCUAAAAUCGAGUCUAAAUUACUGAAAUUUCACGAGGGGAAGGAGUAUAUAUACGUGUAAUGGUAAAAAGUCGUGUCAAGUAGGGUCCAAAUUGAGAUCGGACUUUAGUGUGAGCGAGGGUAAAAUAAAUCUGCAAAAGGCGCGCGUCCUGAAAGAACCAAGAUGGCGGCGGUCGCGGAAGAAGACGCCGCGGCGUGUACCUAUAAUAUUAAGGGACCUCGGGUCAGAUCGGGCCGACCUUUUCCGAUAUUCGACACGACUCGACAGUUUACGAUCUACCCAUGGUGAUUCCCCACAAACGGGGGUCCCAUGACACCGGGAUGAUAGCUUUAUUAUCACUUAAGCAUCGCCGAGGGUCCCGCACCUCUGCAAGGCGCAAUGGCCUUCGGGCAAGUUUUCGUUCGACCUCCGAGCGAGAAGGCGCCGAAUAUACUUCUUAGGGAGCUUCUCAAGGAACUUUUUUAGGUAUCCUUCCGUUUUUAUCUUUCCGUUCGCUCGAAUAAAGCGUAGCUCAGAAUUAUGGCAGGCACAGGUACGAACGAGAGGUGCGAUCGGGAUGAUUCGUGGACGGGGUGAGAAUUUUCGCCCCUGGCUGCGAAAUCGGGCGGCACGAAUGUCAAUUGUUAUUAACAUAUCAUUAAUUAAGAAUCCCACGGUCUAAGUUCGCGGGUAAAACAAAGUUUUCGCUCUUCGUUCUCUUUUUUGGUGCGUUACUCUGUCACUCAAUCGGUGACGUUCAAAGUUACAUUCAAAUGAAAAGAAUUAAUAAAUGAUUAAUUACUAUUUUAUACAUUUUCGAGGAAAGGCUUUUUAUAUGCCCUUUCGACAUUCCUGCCGCUCCAUUUCGGAUGACAAUUUACUUUCGAUGGGGUUCAGCAUCAACGGGGAAAGGAUCUCUCGGACAUUACUUCCUGCAGCGGGCAAGGGGCCAAAUCGCGCAUUUAGAAGUAAAGGCAACUUCUCAACGCGGUUUAUUUCUGUAAAUAUUUCCGAACCGCGGGAAAACAUACUCUGUACCCCCUUUGGAUUAAGAUCGGCCUUAGGGUAUCGUAUCGUUAAAAAUCGCGACCAUUUCUCCAAUCAAUGCGAAGAGGGAUAAUUGUAAGAUAACUUAACCGACCACUCGAUCCACGAUAGGGAGAAGAAAAUAAGCUUUUCCUACGAUUUCAAGAAUAGAUCUGUCGAAUCGCGACCAACGGGCGGCGGGAAUUACAAUUUAAGAUUAAAUCGAUCUCGUCCGGAAGCGGACAUCGAGUCGGAAAUACUCGACCAAUACUAAUAACAAUUAAGGCAAUUGAAUGACAAAAGCACUAGAAGAGAAAAUACAGUCAUAGGUACCCUGAGAAAAGAAAUAUCAUCGAGCCGAAGAAAUAUUUUCUUACUCAAAAGAACAAUCAUUUGACCGGAAUAAACUCGAGCAAAUCGGUGACUAAUUAUUUGCGUCAAAUAAUUGUUCAUUGAAUUAACCAAAUAUUUCUUCGGUUAAAUGUAUUCUUUUUAUUUUCUUCUCGGCGUAGUCGCCGAAAUUUAAGGGCUGACGAAUCCACUCUCGGGUGUAUGUAUGUGUGUGCGCAACAAUUACAGCACGUGACAAUUGCAUUUCACUUGAGAUCGGAUUUUUUAUAAGACUCGUAAGUGUCCGGAGUGGAUCGGGUGCGAGACGCGUUCGGCGCUUUUAAAUGUAUAUUGCAAAUGAGACAAAUUGUACAUUUUCUAUAUUAUUUUUCAGCACAAUUUCAUAGAAAGGUGUGUACAUAAUUAACGAUUACAGCACCGUGUCCGUAAACUGUAACGUACUUAACGAUUACGCAGAAAGGAUUAAUAUAUUAUAUAUAUAUAUUACUCGGAUCUAAAAUAUAUAUAUAAUUACUGUAUUGUGCGUAACUCUAUCAUUAUAAAUAAAAGUAAUCGAUUACUUACACCUGCAAGCUCGUUUCUCACACCCCGACGGAUAUUUCGACGAUUGUUAAUGAAAAAAAAAAAAAAAAGUCACCAUUGACAUCGUCGACCGAGUUUUUUUUUUUUAAUUUCAAGCAAGCUUACCGAGAUCAUUAGCUUUCUUCGUGUGGAAACUUGAGUGUCAGGAAUAACCACGGAAACCACAAAAAUCAAGGCGAAUUUAUUAAUAGCACGUGACAUGUUUUUCUUUUACUAUAAAUGUAUAUGAAAACUAAGAGUCAACAAACUUCACUAAAAAUUAACAACGACGGAUUUGGGCACAAGUGCGAUUCUUAAGGUGAUGUGAAAGUGGACGGGUCUCGUUUACAUGAAGCUUUCCUCCGAACUGUGUUCGUGAUGAUUUAAAAAAUUUCUUUUUAAAUAUGUUGAAAAUGGUUUACGAAAAAUUGAAACUGUAAAGUUUAAAAGAAUUCUGUCCAGCCAGUUUG